AGCAAGAACGAGCGCUUCCCACGAUUCCACCUUUAAGACGCGUCUUCCUUUGGCAGCCGCGUGCCGUCAUUGUAGAAGCCAGUAUCUGUCUGACUGACAGUGUCGUAAAAUCAACGAAGAUAACCGGUAGUGGCUUGAUCCGCUCUUGUACGGAUUGUACUCUGUUCCCGCGGGACGCUGCAUCCUCUAACAGCAGAUGGUGUCAACGACGUGUCGAAAACUAUUAGGUUGAUGUUGUAAUUUGUCAAGAUAAGACAUGACGAACUGCCCUACUCCAAGAUUGACGUCUCGACCGCAAUGGCUCUGGAAACAUGUAGCUUUAUCGUGCGUUCUAGUUUCAAUAUUUCUACCUACUGUAGUGCCUAUAAAUGAAUAUUUCACUCAUCAUCAGGACGCACGGGUCCCUUGGGAAAUUUCAGACUCAUCGAUCAAAGGUAGUAACGAAGCAGAAACUCCGUUAUGCAUUGUCGACAGGGAUAAAUGGUUUGCACGGCCGCCUAGGAGACCCCUAGAAAAAGUGAAACUGCCAGUAUCAUAUGUAAUUAUUUGUCACACCGCGUCAAAUUUUUGCACCAAUUACGUAGAGUGUGCAAACGAAUUAAGAAUUAUGCAGGAUAAAAAAGAUUUAGUGGAUAUCGCCUACAAUUUCCUUGUCGGAGGCGACGGCCUCGCAUAUGUUGGCAGAAGCUGGAAUCAAACCGGUGCCCACUCUGAUCGCUAUAAGCGCAUAAGUAUCGGUAUUGCGUUCAUCGGUGAUUUCACUUCGUUUGUACCGCCGGAAACGCAAUUAAAUGCCGCGAAAGAGCUCAUAAAGUUCGGCGUCAGAGCCGGAAAAAUUGCGCCUGACUAUAAACUGUUAGGUCAUCGGCAAGCUGUGCCCUGGACUGACAGUCCUGGAGAUGCCUUAUAUAAUGAAAUUAUAAAGUGGCCUCAUUGGUCAUCCGAGCCCAGAUAAAGGUUCCUGCUAGCUCGAUUGCCAAAAGUCCGCGUUGACAAUAUACAAAUACCUGGCAAAAUUGUGAACUAAAAGGUGCGAAAAAUAACAUUAAAAAACUGAAUUAGUUUUGCGACCUACAGCGUAUUUUUCGUUUCAACGUAGUGUUUUUUUAUUUAAAAUAAUUGUCGUAGUGUUAAAAUAUACCGAAGACUACUAUUUUGUUAUAAUUUAAUAUGUAAAAGCAAAUAUUUUUAUUUCAAUUCGGCAGCUGCUAAACGGCUUGUUUUCAUCCUUGAUUAGGCAUUGAUUCAAUUCGACAUACGUGAAUUAUCCAAACAAAAAAGAAGUUUUUGAUAUAUCUUACAAGUCUAUUCUAUCGAUUACAAACGCUAUCUUAUUGAAAAACAUUUUUACUAAUGUACGUCGCAAGAAUUUUCAUAAUAUUUUUCUCGUUUUUGACGUUAUCAAUUCAAGAUGACUGCAGUAAGUGAAUAGGAGCCUUAACGUGUGAAUGAAAUACCAUGUCUAAAAUUAUUCACAUCCUAUUUCCUUUAAAUCUGCAGUUGUCAUCUGCCUAUGUCAGUUAGAUAUGAUUCCAACAUGUACAGAUAACAGUUAACUGAAAAUAUCGCGGGUCUAUUAUUCCCGUUUCGAGUAUAAAAAUCUUUUUACAUUCGAAUACAAUAAAAUGACAAAAAAAACAGUUUCUGCAGAUUUUGUGGUAGGUAUCAAUAAACUUAAUUAGAACAAGCAAAUUAGUGAAUAAAAGAAGAAAAUACUGCAUAUAAAAAAAUAUUGAGUGUUGAAGAUACAAAAGACAUUGCACUGGUCGAAUCUCAUAACAAAAUUGGUAAUUACGUAAUUAAUUAUGUAAUUAGCUCCGAUCUGUAUCAAUAUAACUACUAUCGAGAUGUAUAUUCCGAGAAACGAUUUUAUCUGUGCUCCAAUCGCUUUCGCAAUUAAAUUCUCAGAAGUCAUCACGAGAGGUAAAUCUCGAUUACACUUGUAUACUCACAUACAUAUGUAUAAUUUGUAAUAAAGUACAUAAAG